CAAGGUGACGUUAGCCGGCCACUGUUCGGAGAAGGUGCGUGCGGGUCAGUGGCACGAAGUUGUUCAUGACAAAUACAAAUAGAAAAAGGAAGGAUGCGCAGGUGUGGGGCGAGUCAGACGACCUAAGUGAACGACAAGGGUUAAAUAGAAGAAUGAGAAAGAAAAGUCAAUAGGCGGUAUGCGUUCAGUUACUAGAAUGAUGAUUGAGACCGUUAGAUUUUAGUUUGGCCUGCGCUGGGGAUUCUAUUCAUUUGGAACGGCGAUAGAUGUCUGAUGGCUGAAUACACACCUGGAUUUCUAUGGAUCACAAACCAGCGAACGUGGAUUUCCCCGGGAGAAAACAUACGUGUAUGAAGAAGCCAACUGAAAGUGCGAGAAAAUAGUUUUUGUAAACUGCUAUGAAGUUGAUUUUGAAAGUUUAAACAUACUCUUACGCUUAAGGAACCUUGGGAAAUAGUCACCGGUGGGAAUCCGUUAUUAGACUAAAUUUGUUUACCUAAAGUGGUUCACGAACCAAGUGCAUCAUUGAGCAACAGAAACAUGUAUCUCGGUAAAGCUCUUCUGUUGGUCCUUCUCCUAAACUACACGACUACCAGUCUUUCUCUGUCAACCUGCGCCACGGUGGAUAUCGAUCAUGUGAAGCGGAAGAGGUUCGAGGCGAUACGGGGACAGAUACUGAGUAAGCUCCGGCUGACCAGCCCGCCACACUCCCUGGGACCCAGUCAGGUCUCCUACCAGAUCCAGUCGUUGUAUAACAGUACCCGGGAGCUGCUUGAGGAGUUGGGGAGAGACGGGCAGCAAAGUUGUGGCCAAGACAACACGGAGACCGAAUAUUAUGCCAAAGAGAUAUACAAAUUCAACAUGGUCCAGGGACCGCCAGAAAAUAAUGACCUUCCCUACUGUCCUAAAGGCAUCACCUCCAAAGUUUUCCGUUUCAAUGUGUCGGCCAUGGAGAGGAACUCCACCAACCUGUUCCGAGCUGAGUUCCGUGCUCUCAGGGUUCCAAACUCUGCUGCCAAUAGGAACGAACAGAGGGUCGAGCUCUACCAGAUCCUGAGACCAGACGAGCACAUAGCUAAGCAGCGCUACAUCGGAGCCAAGAACGUGCUGACCAAGGGAACGCCAGAAUGGGUCUCCUUCGACGUGACAGAGACGGUACGGGAGUGGUUGAUGUACAGAGCGACCAACCUGGGUCUGGAGAUCAGCGUACACUGCCCCUGCCACACCUUCAACCCCAACGGCGACAUCAUCGACAAUGUGAACGAAGUGCUGGAGGUCAAGUUCAAAGGUAUGGAAGGGGAGUAUGAGGAGCUGGGUCGUUGGGACCUGGGUCGUCUGAAGAAGAAGAAGAAGAAGAAGAAGGAGCAGAAGGAGCCGUACCUGCCUCACCUCAUCCUCAUGAUGAUCCCUCCUCACCGCCUCGACUCACAGCCACGCAGACGCAAACGGGCCCUGGACACCAACUACUGCUUCUCCACUGUUGAGGAGAACUGCUGUGUCCGUCGUCUCUACAUCGACUUCCGUCGGGACCUGGACUGGAAGUGGAUCCACGAGCCUAAAGGAUACUUCGCUAACUACUGCUCUGGACCCUGCCCUUACCUGAGGAGCUCCGAUACCACGCACACACAGCUGCUGAGCCUGUAUAACACUCUGAACCCAGAGGCUUCAGCCUCUCCCUGCUGCGUUCCCCAGGACCUGGAGCCUCUUACCAUUCUCUACUACUCUGGACGCACCCCUAAAGUAGAGCAGCUGUCCAACAUGAUCGUCAAAUCCUGCAAAUGCAGCUGAGGAGGCCAGGAGUAGGCCUGAAGCCUGGGAGUAGAGUAGAGGGGAAUGGCCCACGUAGGUGAUCUGUAUUGGGACACUAGAGCCAGCCGGCCUGCCUACCUGUGGAGGACUAGACUACUACCGUCCAGGCUAUUUGUAUUAAUCAACAAACUACGUGGCCUAGCGCCUAACACCACUUGAACUGAAGGGCCCCAUCCUUGUGUAAGGAGGACAUACUAUGCUAGACUUUGGGAUCUGAACUUCGUCAUUCUUUUGAUUUGUUCAGUUUAGAGUUAGUAGUUUCCUUUUACAGUUUUCCAACUGGGUUUCCUUUCCUUCCUACAAACAAACUGAGUUUCCUUCCUACAAACAAACUGGGUUUCCUUCCUUCCUACAAACAAUCUGAGUUUCCUUUCCUUCCUACAAACAAACUGAGUUUCCUUUCCUUCCUACAAACAAACUGAGUUUCCUUCCUUCCUACAAACAAACUGAGUUUCCUUCCUUCCUUCCCUUCCUACAAACAAAGUGUUUCCUUUCCUUCCUUCCUUCCUACAAACAAACUGUGUUUCCUUUCCUUCCUUCCCUUCCUACAAACAAACUGUGUUUCCUUCCUUCCUUCCCACAAACAAACUGUUUUUCAUUUCCUUCCUUCCUACAAACAAACUGUGUUUCCUUCCUUCCUUCC